ACCAUAGAGUCGUCUAACAUAAAGCUAUACUUAGAUAUGUCUAACCAAGUGAUUGGGUUUGUGUUGUUGCGGUCCUUUUUCCUGGCCUUCCAGACGUUCGCACAGGACUACCUGUCCCUUCUGGGCUACAAUCCCGCCACAGUCACCCUUCCCAUCACUAUCGAAAAAGUCAUUUACGGCAAUCUUCACCCAUCUAUGACUGAGUUCAUGGCACCGGGUGUUAUCAUUUUGAUUGCCUAUUACGCGACCACCGCUCUCACGGCCCUCUCGUUAGUGUUGGAGCGAAAGGACGGACUACUGGAGCGGUCACUCGUGGCCGGCGUUAACUCCAUCGAGUUCUUAGCCUCGCAUAUAAUGACCCAAACAUUAGUGUUGACUAUUCAGGAGAUAUUUAUGUUGAUCACGACAUUCGGACUCUUCGGUGUGCCAUCACAGGGACCUAUGAUCUGGGUCUUCUCACUCACAUUUUUCCAGGGUGUGGCGGGUGUCAUGUUUGGACUGUUCAUAUCCUCCCUGUGCGCGGACGAGGUGUCGGCGGCUAUGUUGGGAAUGGGAUCCUUCUUCCCGACCAUUAUGUUGGGCGGCAUCUUCUGGCCGAUACAGUCGAUGCCCGACUGGAUGGCGUCGUUCGCCUCGUUUUUGCCGCAAACCCUUCCCGUGGAGUCCAUGCGUUUCAUACUAUCCCGCGGUUGGGACAUCACCUACAUUGAGGUGGUC